GAAGACAUGGACACUAAAAAUGCAACACUGCUGACAAAGUUUGUUCUCACAGGACUUACACAUCAACAGGAGUGGCAAAUCCCCCUGUUUCUGGUGUUCUUGGUGAUAUAUCUCAUCACCAUUGUGGGAAACCUUGGACUGACUGCACUCAUCUGCAAUGAGCCUCACCUUCACACUCCCAUGUACUUGUUCCUUGGGAGUUUAGCCUUCACGGAUGCUUGGAUAUCAUCCACAGUGACCCCAAAGAUGCUGGUCAACUUCUUUAUCAAGAGCAAGAGGAUAUCUCUCUCUGAAUGCAUGAUGCAAUUUUUUUCUUUUUCAUUCAGUGCAAGCACAGAAUGUUUCCUUUUGGCAGCAAUGGCAUAUGAUCGCUAUGUGGCCAUAUGCAACCCUUUAAUUUAUCAAAUGACUAUGACCAAUAGACUAUGCAUCCAACUGUUAGUCUCAUCAUUUGUGUGUGGCCUUAUUCAUUCUGCAUUUCAUACACUUUUUUUAUUCAGAUUAACCUUCUGUAAUUCUUACAUAAUACAUCACUUUUAUUGUGACAUCAUGCCAUUGUUUAAGAUUUCCUGUACUGACCCUUCGGUUAAUGUUCUGAUGGUUUUUAUCUCCUCUGGGUCAAUACAGGUGUUCACCAUCCUGAUAGUUCUUGUAUCGUAUACACUUGUUCUCUUUACAAUCUUAAAAAGGAAGUCUGUACAAGGCAUCAGGAAAGCCUUCUCCACCUGUGGAGCCCAUCUCUUAUCUGUCUCUUUAUACUAUGGCCCUCUUCUCUUCAUGUAUGUGCGCCCUGGAUCAACACAAGCAGAUGACCAAGAUAUGAUGGACUCUCUAUUUUACACUGUCAUCAUUCCUUUGUUAAAUCCAAUUAUCUACAGCCUGAGAAAUAAGAAAGUCAUAGAUUCACUGGUCAAAAUGUUAAAGAGAAAUGUUUAG